GUCGUCGUCGCCCGGGCGCCGCGGGCGCCGGCGGGCCAAUUCAGUCGAUAAUGGAUGAGUUAGACCGAUCGUCGGCGGCGCGCUCCCCCAGGGGGCAUGACGAUGCGGUCAAGGUAGUCGUCCGUGUACGGCCGCUACUCGCGCACGAGUCGUCGGGGAGUGUAGCGCGCGUGGAUAAGCGGCUGCAGACGGUGACAAUUAGCGACGUGGACAACGAUGUGCCGACAAUCAAUCGCCAGCGCAGCGUGGCGGUGCACACGUUCGCGUUUGACGAUGCGUACGAUGCUGGCAGCACACAAGCGGAAGUCUACGAAACAACCGCACAGCCGGUUGUAGAGAGCUGCCUUCAGGGCUAUAAUGCCACGAUGUUUGCGUAUGGUCAGACAGGCACUGGAAAAACUUACACAAUGGACGGCUCUGAGGCCCGUGAUCCGGUUGCACGUGGCAUCAUCCCACGGUCGGUCGAACAGAUCUUCCGUCACGUUGCAGGACACGCACAGAAAAACGUGCGCUUCCUCGCGCGUGCGUCUUGCAUCCAGAUCUACCAGGAGAUCGUUUCGGAUCUUUUGGCGCCCCCACGCAACGGCAUAGCACCUGAGGGAACCAGUGCGGUAGCAUCGCCGCUUGAAGCGCUCGCAAUCCGUGAGGAUCCCAAGCGCGGCGUGUACGUCGACGGUCUCUCUGAGUGGGUUGUUCGCCAGCCCUCGGAGGUCUACGCGCUAAUGGACCGCGCUUCGCGAUCUCGCGCAACUGGCGCCACGAGGAUGAAUGACUUCUCGUCGCGGUCACACGCAGUUUUUGUCGUUAUCGUCGAGCAUUCGGAGACUGUCUAUGUGGGUGAGGACGGACGUGAGUUGGCGCCAGACGAUUUUGCCCGUGAAAUGCGAUCGGCCGGCCUCAAGCGGGCCGAAGCACUCGCGCGCCUGGAAAACCGAGUCAAGCAAACAUUUCGCGUGGGGAAGCUUAAUCUUGUCGACCUCGCUGGUUCCGAGCGUGUCGGUGUCUCAGGCGCUACUGGCCAGCGACUCGAAGAAUCGAAGAAGAUCAAUGCGUCAUUGUCAGCCCUCGGAAAUGUAAUAGCCGCCCUUGCUACGCGGCAGACAAGCGGUACUACACGCAAGCACGUCCCCUACCGCGACUCUAAGCUCACACGGCUCCUGGAGGACUCACUUGGCGGCAAUUGUCGCACAACCAUGUUGGCGACCAUCUCGCCAGCAGCUGAGUCGAUUGCUGAGACGCUAUCGACACUCAAGUUCGCCAUGCGCGCCAAGCGCGUGACCAAUGUACCGCGCCUCAACGAGGACCUUGACCAGGCAUCACUACUGCGCAAGUAUGAGCGAGAGCUUAGACGCCUCCGCGCCGAGCUCGAAGAGCGAAAUCGCAAUGUAGUCGAUCAACGGUGUCUACUCGAGCUCGAAGAGCGCCGCCGUCGCGCCGAGGAGGACAAGCGUGCGGCGAUUCGCGCGCUCGAAGUACGCUCGCGUGAGUUCAUGCGCGAAAAGGAGGAUAAGACGCGUCUCGAGGAGCGUAUUUUAAAACUUACGUCGCAGAUGAUCUCGACUGAUGUCGGGGGGAACGGGAUGGUCGGUGGCAGGGUAGGCGGCAUCGACGACGCUAAGGUGUCGCCUGCACGUCACACAGCGGCAGAGUACGACGCGCGGCUGGCCGAUCUCGAGCGUGAGCGUGAGCGUAUUGAGCACGAGAAGGCUCAGGUCGAGCGCUACAAGCAGUUACUGCUCAAGCAGCGCGAUAUCAUGAUCGCGCUAACUCAGCGGCUCAAUGAGCGCGAUGAGCAGAUCAUGGCACUCCAGGAUGAGCUUGAAGCGUAUGAUCGGAACCAGGCUGCGCUCGAAAACAAGCUUGAUGAGAAGACCACCCAGUGCAUCCAAAUUCAGCGCCUUGAGCUCGAGGGUGGAGCGCGGGCGGCACUUCACGAGGCAGACGCAGCUCGACAUGACGUCACUGUGCGCCGCGCAGAUAAUGCAAAGCUAAUGCGACCCCUUGAUUGUGCUCCUGCCGCGGCCGCUGCGGUCGGUGGUGCUGCGGCCGGUGGUACAAGCGCAGACAAACGCGUCGCCGAGCUCUUGACCCUACUUGAGCUUCGCGACAAGGAGCGCCAUGCUGUCCAGACCAUCUUCGAAAAGAAAAUUGCGGUCCUGGUCGACAGCGUCGCCUCAAAUCUCGACCGUCAAAACGUAGCGCCCGGUGCUGCACGUGCCUUUGCACUCAAAGAUCUUGGCGCACUGCGGCGCCUCAUCCGUGCGUCUGUCGAAGCGCUGAAACAGGCCGGCCAAGGCGAGCUUGGGAGGCGCCUUGCCACCUCAGAAAGGAAUCUUUGAGAUCAGGCGGAAUCCUACAAUCACGAAAUAAUCCUAGG